AUGGCCAGGUACAGAUGCUGUCGCAGCCAGAGCCGGAGCAGAUGUUACCGCCAGAGACAAAGAAGUCGCAGACGAAAGAGGCAGAGCUGCCAGACACAGAGGAGAGCCAUGAGGUGCUGCCGCCGCAGGUCCAGAAUGAGACGUAGAAGACACUAA